AUGCUUGCUCUGAUCCUUCAAGGGAUACUACUAUACGGUCUAUCUUUGGCGUGCUGGCGUGUAUUUCGCCAGAACGUGGUGAAGACAUCCCUGGAUAACAUACCCGGUCCUCCUUCUCCAUCGUUUUUCAAAGGAAACUUUCGGCAGUUGUUCGCCGUUCACGGGUGGGAGUUCCAUAAGAUAUCGCGGCGAAGUGAAAACCAGCUAUACGUAUUCGAUCCAAAGGCCUUGCACCAUAUCGUCGUCAAGGAUCAAUAUGUCUACGAAGAAACAUCAGCAUUCAUUCAGAAAAUGCUUAACCCGGUGUUUUCUAUUGCGCAUAUGCGCGAGAUGGUGCCCAUCUUCUAUGAGGUGACUCAUAGACUUCGAGAUUCUAUUUCAACGAAGGUCGGCAAUGGUCCUCAGGAGAUCGACGUUGUACCGUGGAUGGCUCGAACGGCGCUUGAGUUGAUAGGUCAGAGUGGAUUUGGCCACUCCUUCGACACUCUCGCAGAAGACGCGACCCAUAGUUCAUACAGCACGGCAAUAAAACGGCUAGGUCCCGCUCUUUUGCAAUUCGCAUUCAUCCGUUCGUAUGGGUGGCAGUUGGCCAACGUUGGAACCCCCCAAAUGCGCCGCUUCAUCGUCGAUCUCCUUCCGUGGAAGAGCUUGCAUGACGUGCGCGACAUCGUUGAUACCAUUUACAACACCUCCUUGAAUAUUUUCGAGUCAAAGAAAAGGGCGUUGUUGGACGGGGAUGAAGCUGUUGAAAGACAGGUCGGGCAAGGAAAGGAUAUAUUGAACAUUCUAAUGAGAGCUAAUAUGGACGCAUCAGAAAAAGAUAAACUUGACGAGUCUGAACUUGUUGCGCAAGUCGCAGGUUUGACAUUUGCUGCAGUAGACACGACCUCAAACGCAAUAUCCCGCACGCUGCAUUUACUAGCGCAGCACCAACACAUUCAAGAGAAGUUACGUCAUGAGAUCACAGAAGCCCGUUCUAAGACUGGGAGUCUCGCUUACGACGAACUGGUUGCACUCCCAUAUCUCGAUGCUGUAUGCAGAGAAACUCUUCGCCUUUAUCCUCCGGUAUCGUAUCUCUCCAGGACGACACGCCAAGACAUCAUUAUGCCUCUCUCAAAACCUUUGAGAGGUCUCGACGGAGAGGACGUGCAUGAAAUUCCGGUCCCGAAUAACACAAACAUCAUUAUAUCGAUAAUCGCUGCCAAUCGGAACCCAGAAAUAUGGGGCUCUGAUUCGCUUUCAUGGAUCCCGGAGAGGUGGCUUGCUCCUCUUCCUUCGUCCGUAACGAACGCGCAUGUCCCAGGAGUAUAUUCGCACCUGAUGACAUUUUUGGGUGGAGGUCGAGCUUGCAUCGGCUUUAAAUUUUCUCAACUUGAAAUGAAGGUCGUAUUGUCACUCUUGAUCGAGUCUUUCCGCUUUGCUCCCCCUAACAAGGAGAUAUACUGGCAAAUGACGACCAUUGCAACGCCGACCGUAGUUGGCGAAGAUGGCAAAGUUCAACUCCCACUCCUUGUCAGCAAGGUAUAA